AUGGCAGUGUUCUCCAAACAACAACACGGGGAGGAAGAGGGUCUGCUUGGAGAGGAGCAAUAUCAACGGAGGCAAGGACAGCAAUCCCGAAAAUGGAUUGCAUUGACAGCUAUGUCCGUGCUGGGCCUUUUCGCCUUGGCUAUGUAUACCGUACCUGGAAUCAAGUGCAACACUCCUUCGCAUGCCGUCCAGCCUGAGCUACCUGCCGCUUCCACCCUUGACGGCAAGUCAAAGAGAUCGGCUUGUAAUACUGUCGAGGACGGUUAUCAAUGCAACUCUGAAGUGUCGCACAAGUGGGGCCAGUAUUCGCCUUAUUUCUCCCUUGCGGACGAGUCGCCCGUCGAAGAUGAGGCGGUACCUGACGGUUGUAAGAUCACCUUCGCCCAAGUGAUCUCCCGUCAUGGUGCUCGAUUCCCUUCGGAGAACAAGAGCAAGGUAUAUCCCGCGCUCAUUGAUAGUAUCCAGGCAAACGCCACUGCGUACAAUGGCAAAACGAAGUUCCUCAGCUCAUACAAAUACACCUUGGGCAGUGAUGAUUUGGUACCCUUUGGAGAGAACCAGUUGGUGAACUCGGGAAUCAAGUUCUACCAGCGUUACAAGGCAUUAGCUAGGAAAGCUGUGCCCUUCAUUCGCUCAGCUGAGUCGGAUCGCGUUAUCGCUUCGGGAGAGAAGUUUAUCGAAGGUUUCAAGCAGGCGAAGCUGCAAGAUAAAAAAGCCGAUCACAAGCAACCAGCCCCCAAGAUCAGUGUUCUUAUAUCAGAAGAAGCCGGCGCCAACAACACUCUGAACCACAGCGCCUGUCCUAAGUUCGAAGAAGACGAACUGAAAGACCAGAUCGAAGAAAAAUACAUGGCAGUCUUUGUGCCGUCCAUCCAAGCCCGUCUCGAGGCUGAUCUACCUGGUGUUACACUCUCACAGAGCGAUGUGCUCCGUUUGAUGGAUCUUUGCCCCUUCGAGACAGUCGCCAAGACUGAAGAUGCAUCUGAGCUAUCACCAUUCUGCGACCUUUUCACCUCAGCUGAAUGGGACCAGUACGACUAUUUCCAGUCAGUGAGCAAGUACUACGGUUAUGGAACAGGAAAUCCGCUUGGCCCAACCCAGGGUGUCGGUUUCGUGAAUGAGCUGAUCGCCAGACUCACCCGAACCCCAGUGAAUGACCACACAAGCACAAACACCACGCUCGAUGCCCCCGGCGCUCCCACAUUCCCUCUUGACUACAACAUGUACGCAGACUUCUCGCACGACAAUGGAAUGCUUCCAAUCUACUUUGCUAUGGGAUUGUACAACGGCACCGCUCCACUCCCGCUCGACCGCCUCCAGACUCCCAAGGAAGCGGACGGAUACUCAUCCACCUGGGCCGUUAGUUUCGGCGCUCGUGCUUAUAUCGAGAUGAUGAAAUGUGACGGGAAAUCCGAGCCACUCGUGCGAGUUCUCGUUAAUGACCGCGUUGCUCCGCUGCAUGGUUGCCCAGUUGAUAAACUUGGCCGUUGCAGCCGCAGUGAUUUCGUGAAGGGACUUUCUUUUGCACGCGCCGGAGGUGACUGGGACCAGUGCUACAAAUAA